AUGUCAUAUGAAAUAAAUGUCGAAAAUAUAUCAUCAAAUGAUGUUGAACAUGGAACAAGAAAUAAUGAAAAUGUUCAAGUAUCAUCAUCAAUAAGUUAUGAUGCAAAAGAAACAGUGAGUUUAAAUGAUUAUUCGAAUAAAUUUUCUCAAUUAAUGAAUCGUUUAUCAAUAACACAUUCACAAAUUGAUCAAUAUACACAAACAAGAACACAUCAAAUAUCUGUCGAAACAGAAAAAAUAAUUAAAAAAAUUUUAGAAGAAACAGAAUUAAAACAAAAAGAACUUUUAUACGAAGCUCAAAAUCAAUCUCAACUAUUUCAAGAACAAUAUCAAUAUGAUUUACAAACAAAAAUUAAUCAAUUAAAUGAAGAAAAAGCACAAAAAUUAGCUGAUUUAGAACACAAUUUAAAUAAUCAACAAGAAUUUAUUUUAACCAAUGCAAGAAAUCAAAUUGAUUUAUUAAUAACAGAAGCAAAUAAACUUAAAAUGAAUAUUCUUGAACAAACACAAGAAAUAACAAAUGCUCAAUUAGGAAAACUAACCGAAGAAAUUGUUCAAAUUGGAAAACAAGAUUCAGAAAAUCGUUUAGCAUCAACAACAACAACUGUUAUUGCAACACAAGCUAUUGCACAACAACAAAUUGAAUCUACCAUCAAUCAACAAAUAUAA